AUGGAGAGAUCAAACAACAUAGAGUGGAGAAACAACUUCUAUGGCCGUUCAAGAACUUCACCAUGGAGCUAUGGAGAUUAUGAUAAUUACCAACAGGAUCAUCAGUAUCUUCUAGGGUUUCCAUGGCCACCAAGAUCCUAUACAUGCAGCUUCUGCAAAAGGGAAUUAAGAUCGGCUCAAGCACUUGGUGGCCACAUGAAUGUUCACAGAAGAGAGAGAGCCAGACUCAGAUUACAACAGUCUUCAUCAUCAUCUUCAACACCUUCUCCUCCUUACCAUAAUCCUAAUUACUCUUACCCUGCCAUGGCUACGUCUCAUCCUAUAACCCUAUUCCCAGCCCUUUCUCCUCCUUCCUCACCUGGUUUUGGACCAUGUUUGACCCGUUCCUUGAGCCCCAAGUCUAAACAUCUACCAGAAAACGCUUGUGAGACUAUGAAACCACCUCUUGUAGUCGAGGCUGAGGAAGCUAAAAGGUUGUGCAAGAACGAUGCUCACAAGUUCUUGAAGAAUGGUGAAAUCAUCAGUUUGAACCUCGAGAUUGGUGUGAUCAACGAGUCAGAGCAAGAUCUAGAUCUGGAGCUCCGUUUGGGUUUUGCUUAG